GUUGUCUGUAACCCACAGCGCCAAAAGUGAAGGACCCCGAGAGAGGCAGGCUACCCGAAUGAAUGCCUGAGGCGCCGGAGGCAAUCAACUGUCUUGAAACAUUUUUCUCAAAGGGUACGGCUCUGGUCUCGGCCGUUGGUGGAGGAAAAUGACAAAAAUAAGUGCCAUAAGGGCACAUCUUUUGUAGGCAAUAGCUGAGACAACUAAAGUUAGAGGCGGCAGGGUCCUCUUAGGCAUCUCCCCGCAGUUUUCCCAGAGUGCGCCGCGCGUGACAACCUUUGGCUAGAUCCACGGGGUACAGUGGACCAAAAAAAUAGCUACUGGGCAUGGCCCUGUACGCGACCCGUAGGGCUCGCUUAUAAAAAGGCUCAGCUGGGGCGGGGCGGAGAUACCCGUGGUGUGAUGUUUUGCUUGGUCUGGGAGUGUGGCCCCAGUUUCGACACCUUUUGCGCAUUAGGAGCGUCAGUGUAUCAGUUUACUAGCUCCUUGGCGAUCCCACCACCAUCCAUCCAGCUGGUGCCCCCGCACCCAAGCAGCCAAGAGGAUCCCAUCCACAUCUCAUGCGUGGCCCCCGGGGACUUCCCGGGAGCUAACUUCACACUGUAUCGAGGGGGGCAGGUGGUCCAGCUCCUGCAGGCCCCCAUGAACCAGCGCGGAGUGACGUUCAACCUGAGUGGCGGCAGCAGUGAGGCUCCAGGGGGACCCUUCCACUGCCAGUAUGGAGUGAUAGGCGAGCACAACCAGCCCCAGCUGUCAGACCUCAGCGAGCCUGUGAACAUCUCCUACCCAGUGCCCACAUGGAUCUUGGCGCUCUCCCUGAGCCUGGCUGGUGCCCUCCUCCUCCUCACUGGGCUGGUGGCUGUUGCCCUCUUGGUCAGAAAAGUUAAACUCAAAAAUUUACAGAAGAAAAGAGAUGGAGAAUCCUGCUGGGCCCAGAUUAACUUCGACACCACAGACAUGUCCUUCGAUAACUCCCUGUUUACCAUCUCCCCGAAAAUGAUGCCAGAAGACCCAGCCAACUUGGAUGAUCACGCAGGCACCAGCGCCACCCCUGGCAACUCCAGGACCCGGAAGAGGCCCACUUCCACAUCCUCCUCACCUGAGCCCCCUGAGUUCAGCACUUUCCGGGCCUGCCAGUGAGGCUGAGGACUGGGGGUUCCCUCCGUCUCCAGGCAUUCGGGGCCUGACGUCCCUCCAGCCACUUCUGGGGUGUGUGUGGGGGGCUCUGUUGGCUGCUUUCUCAGGGAAUUAGACAGGAAAUGAAGGGGAACCCUGGCCUUAGGAUUUUCAUCACAGAGGAGAGGGAGAGAGGGCACAGGCAUGGGCCUGGCACUGGACAGGCAACAAGAAGUCCCCCCUCGACCUUCAGCUCCUCAGGACCACCAGAGAAGGAGACAUCAGGACCCCUUCUGAUCCCACCUGGGACAUAAGGGGUCCCAGGUCUCUGCACACCCCUGGAGUUCCUCCCUUCCCCGCUGGGUUUUUGAGCAUAGGGUGCCCUUGGGUGUGUUGAGUGUGUCUGCCUGCUGACUUGCCUAAGUUAUAAAUUAUAACACGUGUCAAGGUGUU